UAAUGCCUCUGAUGGAAGGAUUUUUUGCCCCACGAAAUAUGACAACACUGUAAUCCCUCACUGUUGGAAAAGAAAGGAAGGGACAGUGGAAUUGUGAAGGAAAACGGAAAAGGGUGGUCCUGAGGGACUGAAAAGCCUAUGGGAAGUGCAGGUAGCAGCAUGUUGCUCUGACAGCUGUUUCAGCUUCUCAGACCUUGUCAGUUUGCUGCUAUGUAGCAGGUGCAGCCUUUUCUUUUAUUGAAUCUUUACUCCAUAAAGGCAACGACAAGCCAAGACAGUGGCUGGCCCUGGAUUAUACAAGUGUAGACACUACUAAGUGAGGUAAGGCAACAGCUGGAACAUAUAAGCAAACGCAUAGGUUCAAGUGCCCACAUGAUCACCACAGCAAGGAUACCUGCUGAUAAACCUAUACGAAUUGCCUUCAGUCUAAAUGACUCUCCAGAUGAUACCUCAUCUGAGAAUGCCUUUCCUUUGGCUUUUCCAGAUCUAGAACAGCAGCUCCAGCCCCUGCCUCCUUGUCAUGACUCAAAGGAAUCUAUGCAGGUGUUCAAACAGCACUGCCAAAUAGCAGAAGAAUACUAUGAAGUCAAAAAGGAAAUUGCUCUUCUUGAAGAAAGAAAAAAGGAGCUAAUUGCUAGGCUGGAUCAAACUGAGGAAGAGAGCAUGGAUGCUGCUCAGCUAGCUAAGGAGUAUUCAGACCUUACAGAAGAGAACCGGACACUGAAGUUGGCCCAGACACAAUGUGUCGAACAGCUGGAAAAGCUUAGAAUACAGUAUCAGAAGAGGCAGGGAUCAUCAUAACUUUGAAUGGAUGGAUCCGUCUGGAGCAAUAAAAAUCGAGGGGUCUCCUCAAUGUUGGGCAAGUGGUUUGUCUCCCACCCUCAAAGGUUCCUAUUAAUGUGCUGGAAUACUUCACUUGCAGAAUAUGCAGAUGUCUAAAUUUGAUGUAAUACUUGCCAGCCAUUAGCUUAAUAUGAUGGAUAUUUUAUAUGUUACAUAAUGGAUAUUUUAUUUCAAGUAAAAUCAUUGGGGCCUUAUCUAUUUCCAUUAUUUGUUCUAAUGGAUCAUAUUUCUUUUCCAAAGAAUUUGUUUUUCCCGUUUAGGAAGAUACAUACAUGUACAUUGGAAACUGAUAUGAACUGUGUAGACCAUACUAAGGCAUAUAGCAGGAACAUUGUACAUAGAAUACUGGGGCACUGCCUGUCCUUUUCUAAAUCUAAACAGGAUAUGGCAGAAAAUCUAGACCACUUAUCUGGCAAUAUAUGUGAUGGGAUGACCAUGCACUUGCUAACAUACAUUGGCAAUGAAGUUUUAUACAACUUUAAUACAGUGAGAAAAUGGGAAAAGGCAAAAAGUUUCCCUGUACCAUCUAAUCCCACAGCAAUCUUAAAUUUAUCUUUGGAAGUAAAUUCCACUUACUUUAAUGACACUUGUGUUGAAAAUGAGCGUGUUAAGUAUCUGGAAUACUAGUCCUAAGGAAGAGGAACUCCUACUGAUAUCAAUAGGACUUGUGUGCUACACUUAGUGUGCUCAGAAUUCCACUAAAAUUUUUCUAUGCUUUGGGACACCCUUGGUUUUGAGUUGCUGUAUGCCGACUGUUCCUUGUGCUUUCAUGAAUUCAAACAACAACAACAACAACAACAACAACCACCACCAGUGGUGUGGUGAAAAAAGUGGUUUUGUUCAAAUAUACUGCUCUGGGGUUUGAAGAAGAGAAGGACCUGGGCAGGGUAUAAUGCCAUACCGCCCUCCAAAGCAGUUAUUUUCUCCAGGAGAUCUGAUCUCUGUGGUGUGGAGAUCAGUUGUAAUUUCAGAUCUCUAGCCACUACUUGGAGGCUGGCAACCCUAAUUGUGGCCUUUCAAGUAUGGUCAGUUGCAGAGGUGGCUAAUACUGGCUUUAUUGGACUAGCUCAGUGCAUGACUGUAUGGCUAAAGAUAACCACAUUCUACUGUAGUAAAAGACACAGGUGCCACAUGCAAAAAGUAUUGUGAGAAACAACUCAUACUAUCAAGAAAAUCCACAUAAGGCAUUGAUUAUAUUAUUAUUCAUUUAGGAAAUGUUUAUGCCAGCUCUUCUGAAUACUGCAGGAGGCUUCUUGCAAGUAAAAACAGCAUAUAACCAUAAAAUCAUCUUCAAUUAUUUAUCUGCAAAGACAAAACAAGCAAUUAAAAACAAUCCAAGGACAUAAAAGAGCACAAAGAUAUUCAUAAAACAGACCUCAGACCAGAAGCAGACCAUAAAACAGCUAAAAAGAUAAAACCACCUAGUUAAAAGCCUGGAUAAAAAGAAAUGUUUUGACCUGCUGCCUAAAAAACAGUAUGGUAGGGUCCAUGCAAGGACAUCCAUCAAGGAGGAGGGCAUUCCAAAGGCGAAGUGCCACCACAGAAAAAGCCCUGUCUUUAGUGGCCAGCAGCCUUACUUCUGAAGGUGGAUGCACAGAGAGUAGGAUUGGGAGGCAGAUCUUAACUGGCAGGCUGGCCAGUAUCCAUAUCAUAUUCUGAAGGUAUAUUCUUUUCUGGCAAUUUACAGUUGAAUUCUAAGCAGAGUUACACCUAUUUACUUUAAUGAAUCUAGAAAGGUUUAACUCAGUUUAGGACUCUAAUGUUACAUAAUGCUAAAAUUUGUGAGGUUUAUGCAGUGGGUACCAUUUGAUAUUUCAUUAGGGAUGGGCAGUGAGGUAUCUCUAUAUAGGGGGGACUGGACAUUCAAGAUUGACAGUGCAGUCCUAAAUAUUUACUUCAGUCUAAACACAUUAAUAAUAACAACAAGUGUGAUUAUAUACCACCCUUCUGGUCAGAUUAGUGCCCACUCAGAGUGAUGAACAUAGUGUUAUUAUUAUCCCUACAAUACAGCUGGGGAGCUGGGGCUGAGAGGACUGGCCACCUGCAGAGCUCAGGGCAGAGUGCUGAUUUGCAUCCCAAUUACUUAACCAGUAUGCUACAGCAGCAUUGAUUUCAAUUGUGUCAGACUGCAUUAACUUUGCAUAGAAUUGUGCUGUAAAUUGGCCAAAGCAGUGUAACUUACAAACAUUUGUUGUGGUUAUUUUCAUUCAUCAUAAUAACCUGAAAUUGGAAAUCUACAG